AUGAUGCUCUUCGUGCCUGCUGCACGGCCGUUUCUUGGGCGCACCACGUUCAGGUGGUCUCCUCCUCCUCGAGUUCACACUCUAAAGCUAGAUUCGAAAAUCUCGGUGCUUUUAGGAUCCAGUGCUCCGCGAAUGCAACACGGUGGGGUGAACCGCGCAGCGAACCGCGAGACUGAGCGCAAGUUUCUGGUGCACGCUGACCAAGUUCGUCGGCUGUUGUGCACUUCGCAGGGCACACAUCUCGCGCAAGGCUACCUGUGCAGUGAACCCGACCGCACCGUACGCGUCCGUGUUGCUGGCAUGAGCGGCUUCUUGACGAUCAAGGGACGCACCCACGGUUGCACGCGGGCCGAGUACGAGUACCCGAUCCCAGUCGAGGACGCUCGAGAGUUGUUGAACACACUCUGUGUACAGCCACUUAUCGAAAAAGUGCGCUAUCGAAUACCGGCAAAGGAAGCUGGCCUUGUUUGGGAGAUCGAUGAGUUCUUGGGUGAUAAUGCUCCUCUUAUCCUCGCGGAGAUCGAGCUGCCAACCCCCGAGACGGCGUUUGAGCGGCCGACCUGGUUGGCGGACGAGGUCACACUCGACGAACGAUACUACAAUUCCGCGCUGCAGAAGCGACCCUAUCGUGUAUGGGGUACCGAAACGGACGACUCGCGAUGA